GCUCCGUUAGUGUCUCUAGCAUUAAGAACUGGACUAAUGGUGUAAAACAUGCCUCCCCAAACGACUCCACCCAAUGGCAUCACAGGGUGCCAGGGUGAAAAACCUCUGACGGACAAUUUUAGUGAGAACUAUGAGGGAGAGAAGAAGUUCAAGUCGCAGAUCGUCUGGAAGAAUGUUGCAUAUUUGGGAUACUUCCAUCUUGCAGCCCUCUACGGGUUAUAUCUCGCACUGACAAGUGCAAAAUUAGCAACGAUUCUGUUUGCCAUAUUCAUUUUCAUUGCGUCUGGUCUUGGAGUUACUUGUGGGGCUCAUCGACUCUGGACUCAUCGAGCCUUCAAAGCCAACUUCGGUCUCAGGGUUGCUCUAAUGAUACUAAACAGCAUGGCUUUUGAGGACAGUGUUUACGAGUGGGCCAGGAACCAUAGAGUUCAUCACAAGUUCUCCGAGACCGACGCAGAUCCUCAUAACACUAAGAGAGGCUUCUUCUUCUCCCACGUUGGGUGGCUCAUGUUGCGUAAACAUCCUGACGUAAUCGAGAAGGGAAAGACCAUCGACAUGUCCGACCUCCUGCAAGAUCCAGUGCUCGUCUUCCAGAGGAAAUACUACAAGUACUUGAUGCCCCUGCUGUGUUUUGGUUUCCCCACGGUAGUUCCUGUCCUACUUUGGUCCGAGACGUGGAACAACGCCUUCCACGUGUCUGCAAUGCUCAGAUAUGUCUACCUGCUCAACUGCGUGUGGCUUGUGAACAGCGCAGCUCACUUCUAUGGGGCCAGGCCUUAUGACAACAACAUGGAGCCGAGGGAGAACGUCACAGUAGCAGUGAUGACACUGGGUGAAGGAUGGCACAACUACCAUCAUGCGUUCCCCUGGGACUACCGGUCAUCCGAGCUCGGAUACUUUAGGUUCAACUUCACCACAAGGUUCAUAGACUUCUGCGCCAAGAUGGGUUGGGCUCACGACCUGAAGAGCGCCUCGCUCAAAAUGGUACAACAAAGAGCCAAGAGAACAGGAGAUGGUACUUACACCAACCCCUUCCCUCACAGUGUCUGGGGUUGGGGGGACAAAGACAUGUGUGCAGACGACAUCUGUAACUCUGUCACUCUGCAUGAGCGGAAACUCAAGGCGAGAUAACGUGUAGGACUUAAGUUUACCUGUAACAUGUGCGUUAAGGAGAUUGUUUGAAGUUGGAAAGUUUGAAGUGUUUUGUGUUGUAAAAAUUAAAGUUAACGGUUUUAUUCUUUAUUGUUGGAGUAGGUGUUGUAUUGUUUUGGAGAGGGAAAUUAAUUUUUAUGUUUUCGCAAAGACGUUGAAUGUCUGUUCUAUAUGGAUUAUUUGAACUUAUUUUAUGAUACCAUUUUAUGGUAAAAAUGAUCUUAUAGCUACGCAUUCACAAUGUGUUAAAACCAAGCAGAGGCGGUCACAUAUAGGGGAACAAGGCGGUGCCUGGGGCCCCACGCUUCUCAAGGGCCCCGCACAGCCGUAUUUCAGGGGCCGCCACCGAAGACAAACAAGCUAAGUUAUACUUUAUAUUUGUUAGGAGAGGAUGCAGUUUGGUUGAGGAUUAGUACUCAGGAAAUUUACUUUAAGAGCUUUAAAAGUGUUUAAGUGGGCCGAUAGUAGAUUGUAUAGAAUGGUUGUAGUACAAUUAUUUGAAUAUUAUUUUUGUGAUUGUAUCUAUUAUAUUAUUUACAUUUAUGUUACUUUUUCUAUUUAUGUAGUUUGAGAUUGUUGGUCUGAUAUUGUUUACCAACUAUCUAUAUUUUGUUAACAUAAAAGUACCUAAUAAAACUGGGU